GUUGAUAGCGUUUUGUCCAACGAGUUUUUUUCCUCAAAUCGUAACGUAUAUUGUGUAAUGCCAUGUACGAAUAUUGAACGGAAUGUAGGUGUUUACUAAUUAACGGUUGACAAGGUAGUUCGGUUGUCUCGUGCUGGUUAACGUUUUGUGUCUGGUCGCUCGAUAUUUACUAUGAAGGAAUAGUCACUGUAGACGACGAAAUUUCUAGUAUGCCGAAAACAAUGUUUUCUCUGUCGGUUUAAAUGCCCGUUAUAAUGAUGCCGCAGUGUCACGAGCGCCAUACUUCAUUUUAACCGCCGUUUUAAAGUUUGAAAACUGUACGGUUUAAACUGUAUUCGUAAGACGCGCUCGUUAUUUUGUAUUGACCCAUCUAUCGAUUUCUCAGCCCUGUGCCUAGGGGACCUCACCCUCAGAGCAAGGGGAGGGGGUGCAGUCGGAAGAAGGACUCCCGCAUGGAGGCACAGAAGAACGAGCAGAGGGAUGGCCCCACAGAGCCCAGGGGCACCAGCACACUCGUGUGUCCCGAACGGGAACGCCGAGAGAGGGAAGAGCAGAAGAACGAGCAGAGGGAUGGCCCCACAGAGCCCAGGGGCACCAGCACACUCGUGUGUCCCGAACGGGAACGCCGAGAGAGGGAAGAGCAGAAGAACGAGCAGAGGGAUGGCCCCACGGAGCCCAGGGGCACCAGCACACUCGUGUGUCCCGAACGGGAACGCCGAGAGAGGGAAGAGCAGAAGAACGAGCAGAGGGAUGGCCCCACGGAGCCCAGGGGCACCUGCACGCUCAUGUGUCCCGAGCGGGAACGCCGGGAGAGGGAAGAGCAGAAGAACGAGCAGAGGGAUGGCCCCACGGAGCCCAGGGGCACCUGCACGCUCAUGUGUCCCGAGCGGGAACGCCGGGAGAGGGAGGCACAGAAACGGCUGCACCGCUUUGAAAUGGUGCCGGGAACGGAGAAUGACCGGCUUCCGAGGGCAGAUCCCACACGUACCGUGAAGGAAUACUCGCGGCCCGCCGCGGGAAAAGAAGCCACACGCCCCUGUGACCUGCGCCCCCCACCCGUGCUGUUCAAGACCGUUUGCUACCUGAUCAAUGCCAUUGCCUUGUCCCCGUCACUUCAACCCUGGACGGAGGUGUAUGACUUUGUGUUCGACCGGCUGCGCAGCGUCCGUCAGGACAUGAUCAUCCAGCGGGUGUCUGGGCCUGAGUGCGCGGCUGUGCUGGAGAGGAUCGUACGCUUCCUGCUCUAUGCCUCGUACAGACUCUGCGAAGAGCCACUGCGGCUCUACGACCCGCGGAUAAACGACACGCACCUGCAGGAGAGCCUCAGCUGGCUGCUGAGUUGCUACUCCGUCGGGCAGCACCCGCAUCAGGAGGAGAUUCAGGCUCUCAGCCUGCUCUACAACCUGGGAUCCACCCGUGCGUUGCAGCACGCCCUGGAGCUGCCGGAGGAGGUGCGAGCCGCGCCCGCGGUGCGUCUGGCACUCUCCGUGAACUACGCCCACAUGGAAAGCAACCCCGUGCGACUCCUGCGUCUGGCCCGGCGACUGGACUUCCUGCAGAGCUGCGCACUGCACCGCCACCUAGAGGCCUGCCGCCGCCACCUGCUGCUUCUUUACAGCCACGGACACAGCAGCCGCAAUUGCCGCCUCCCGCUGCGGGAGCUAGCGCGGCUCCUGGCCCUGGAGGAGUCCCAGGCGGCCCGGCUAUGCCAGACCUGUGGGGUCUCAGUGAAGGGAGACUUUGUCUCCUUUUCCAAAGCCUCGUACGUGGAGCCACCACUGGGCGAAAUGCGGAGCACACGCUCUUACGAACUGGUGGACAGGAAGCAGGGCGAUCGCUCUCUGGCUGUCAUCCUCCACGGUUCUCCCUAGACCUCCUCUCUUGUAAUUAUUUUAAGGUGUUUUAUACAGAUGUAUGUAUGUAUGAAUAUUAAUGCUGACAUUCAGGAUGCUUGGAUUUAACGGACACACGACAAAAAUAAAAGUAUUUUGUUAAAAAAAAUCUGUUCAAAUGUGUGUUACCAUAUUUUUGGAUCCUAUAUCGUGUACUUUGUACACAUAUAUACCAUAUAUACCACAUAUAUGCCAUUUAUUUUAGGGAAGCCGAUUUGAAAUGCUUGAAUUUUUUAGUCUUUUCUGUAUUUUUUCAUAUGCUUUUACUCAGACGAAAAAAGACCCAAAAAAGUCUGAUGCAAAAUGAAUAAAUCUAUGCAAAUCCA